CAAAACACUUCAUCUCCACCAAAAUGUGAAGGUGAACAUGCAAGAUCUCUCCACCUUCUGCUGUGGCGAUGGAUAUUGUUUGUGCUACAGGUACAAGAACAACACUUUCCUGGAUGCGGACUGCUCCAGACACCAUGGAAUCUUACUUACAUCCCCCGGCUUCCGGACAACACCACUUUCUUAAACUUCUCUUACAACGCUCUCAGUGUCAUUCCGGAGGACUUUUUUAGUAACGUCAGCAGCCUUGUCGUCCUGGACCUUAGCGACAACAAUGUGACUGUUAUCAACCCCCGGGCUUUCCAGAACAUGUAUCAGUUAAAGAAGCUAUUUCUUAAUUACAACUUUUAUUUGAACUACAGCACACUACAGCCUGUCUUCCGCAUUCCCACGCUUAAUAACUUCGAACUUGGACACGGGGGUCUGAAAGCUGUUCCAAAAGGAUUUUUUCUUAAUUUUUCCUUGCCGAAUCUUCAGUUUCUGAGUCUCGAUGACAAUCACCUUAGAAACAUACAUUUGAAGGAAUUUACUCACUUAAAAAGUCUUUUAGCUUUGGAUGUUGUAAACAACAAAGUGUCGAAAGUUUAUUCUGCGCCCCUACCCCUAUUGACGUUUCUGGAUUUGAAAACUAAUGGAAUUUUCGACUUCCCAGAUACUUGUAACAAAACAGGAAACGCUUCAUUAUUUCCAAGUCUGGAGAAACUUAUUCUCAGACAAAACCUCAUUAGUACUAUUCCAACGCAGACUUGUCUCCCGAAGUUACAAACACUAGACCUGUCAGAGAAUCUGUUUAAAGUUAUUUCGUCUGACAUGUUCAGACACUUUCAUAGUCUCAUCGAUUUGAACAUGCAAAGUAUGUCGACAAAACUCUCACAAAUACAAGAACGCGCGUUCAGCAGUGCCACCUUGCAGGUGAUUUCGUUAAUGUAUAAUGAUAUCGAGUUCGGCGAAGACGUGGUCCACAGUCUGAGUUUCACCGGGUGUCCAAACAUCACCUCCCUGCAGCUCAGCCACAACUACUUCAACCGCAUGACAGACGCAAAAUUUCGCAUCCUCUUCGGCCACCUGACAAAACUGACAGAGCUGUUCCUCGGGAGCUGCAUGAUUGACCAAAUCUCGACGGACGCUUUUGCAAAUUUCACAUCCAUCACGAUGCUUCAUCUGUAUGAGAACCAGCUCACGGACCUACCUGAUGGCGCCUUUGAUACGAUGACUUCUCUUCAAACACUCGUGCUCACCAGCAAUAGGCUGUCAGUCAUUCGACAGUCCACAUUCAGUCCUGAAACGAGAGCAAGACUUCACAAUUUGGAUGUCGCCAACAACCCUUUCAUGUGCUCCUGUGAUCUAACGUGGUUCCAGCAGUGGUUCGUGUCGUCCCCAGGUCUCUUUGCGUCUUACCAAGGUAGCUACUCAUGUGAAGACCUAGGAGUUUCCUUAUCUUCGUUCUACUUAAGCGAGCAAGCAUGUCUGCUGAGCACUGGUGUCUACACGCUAACAGUGGUCGCCGCUGCUAUGGUCAUCGUCACACUGACCCUCACCAUCGUCGUCUUUCGAUAUCGCUGGCACUUCCGCUUGCUGAUGUACGAGGCUUUCAGGGCGGGGUCGCAGAGAAGGCAGCAGCUUUUCCUCUCUCGCGGCUUCCGCUACGACAUCUUCCUCUCGUACGCCAACGAGGAUGUCACGUGGGUGUCACGCUACCUCGUUCCCAGGCUGGAAGAAGGACUGGGUCUGCGCCUCUGUCUUCAUCAGCGCGACUUUAUCCCUGGCCGAAAUAUCGUCGACAACAUAGCCAGCAGCGUGGAGACCAGCAAGAAGAUGCUGAUGGUCUUCUCCGAGCACUUCGCCCGCAGUCAGUGGUGUCAGUUCGAGCUGUCCUUGUGUCUUCAUCACGCCAUGGAUCGCGACGACGCUUUGCUGAUCGUGUGCUUGGAUAAUAUCUCGUCACGUGACCUGACGGCGGCCAUGUUGGCAGUUCUGAAGACAACCACUUUCAUUCAGUGGGAUGACGACUCGGACGCCCAGUCCUCGUUUUGGGGACGUCUGAGUGUUGCUUUGCAGGAAAUCACCCCUAGUGUUGUGACCUCUUGACCAUUGAUCUCACAGUUUGUAGUCAUGUGACAUUUGGUUAAUCAUGCUAACGCAGCAGCAGUCGAUCAGGAUUGAUUGCAUGAAUAAGCGUUUACAAGUAAGAGAGAGUGAGAGAGCGCGCGCGUAGGUCAGUACCCGAGAGCAUGCACGUGAUCGAAUACGAAUAUUUUAUCUAAAUUGAAAUACAUCUACAUGUGUGGCUCAGACUUAACUUAUUUAUACAAACUAAAUGUUUCACUGAUGUUGAGGAUAUAAUUCCAUUCUUGCCAGUGACAAUCAACAAUCUGUUUCUUAAAACAUUUAACAAAUUUGCUAACUGGUUCUACCAUCAAUGUAGCCAGACAUGCUCAAAACCACACCUAAAAAGAAUAAGUUUUAUCUCAGAUCCCUAAUUUUGCUUCUCAUAACUUUCCAGUUGUUUUGCAUGCUCUCCGUGAAGUCUACCUUGUUAUUUAUAGCCAGUAUCUUACACAACUUAUGUGUAAGUUAACGGAAACACCAUUUAUCAUCAUGUCAGGAACACAUGUGCCCCUACUCUUUUUAGAGCGUAUGUAUGCAUGUUUUUGAUUUUGUACAUAAUCGAGAGAGAUGAUGAGGGGAGGAGGGGAGAGGUUCGGACUAGCGUAUUCAUUUCUGUUUUCUUUCAUGUAGAGCUAGAACACACGGCUUAUUAGGAUUUUUUUUUCCUUUUCCCAAAGUUGUUGACACAUAUAAUCAUAGGUUUACACGAACAUUGGCACCAUUUAUAGGUUGGUAACUGAUGAUGCCUUUUGCAUGUUAAAAGCUUCAUAAGCACUUUCCUACGAUUUUUUGGUGUGAGAUUUGCUUCCUUCCUUUGUUCCAAUUUGUAGCAGGAACGCAUGUUUUGUGAACAGUGCAUAGAGCUGGAAGGGUUCAGUUCUCACAUUGCACCACGGCAGGUCACAAGCAAGAAAACGCACGGAGCAAGUAUGACAAGCAAAAGCAGGUGCUUGCACUUUGUUCGCCGAGAGCUGUUGUGGUCAUGCUUGAAUGAGCAGACGACGUAAACAGCUUCGUGAUUAGAACAGCGGAGCUCAAACAUAAAGACUCGCACACCCUUCGAUUUUUGUGUGACUGCGUAAUUCCCUCAAUCGACCCAGCUGUUAAAUGAGUACCUGAUUCCUCAGACAAGGCCCCCGAAGUCAUUUGAUCCGGCCCGUUAUGGCAACAGCUGUUUUUAAUAAAUAUAAAAGCUUUUCUGAUAGACGGGACACAUACGAGUACGUGACAGGACAAACACGUAUACUUCUAGUCGGCUGUGCGUGGCCUAUAUAGAUUAUUAUGGAGAAUUAUACCCUCAUGUGGCCUUCACCCCAAGCUGUUGUUGAAACCUGUAGAGUUCUUGGACCACGUCAACUCAUUGUCACAAAAGGGUUAUAUGAU